GAUAAAUAUCGUGGUAUUGCGGUUGGGGAUCCUUUGUGCAAGCUCCACGCCAACCUUGUUGGGAGGCGGCUCACCAAAGUUUGUGAAGACAAUGGGCUUCGUGCCGCUCGCCAGGCGGGUUGUAGGCAUGGUUUCGGCACUGAGCACCACCUACUUACGCUGCGGGAUCUCAUU